AUGGCGGAAUUUGGUUCAUCGUUGGUUCUUCUUCUUCUUCUAGUGGUCAUCGCUUGUCAGCUUCCAAGUCUUGAGGCCGGCCGGAGCAGGAAGCCCAGCUGGGACCCACUAAUCCGGCGGCCGGUGGACCGGAAAGAUGACGAAUCACCGAAGGAUGAAUCUCAGGGUACCAGGUGGGCUGUUCUUGUGGCGGGUUCAAACGGCUACGGCAAUUAUCGCCACCAGGCUGAUGUGUGCCAUGCAUACCAAAUCUUGAAAAGAGGUGGGGUGAAGGACGAGAACAUAGUAGUUUUCAUGUACGAUGAUAUAGCAUACAGCGCAAUGAAUCCCAGAAAAGGAGUCAUCAUUAACCACCCAAACGGCUCCGAUGUCUACGCCGGUGUGCCCAAGGAUUACACCGGCGACCAAGUGACGGCUGCGAAUUUGUACGCCGUCCUGCUCGGCGACAAGGAGGGUGUGAGGGGUGGGAGUGGAAAAGUGGUUGACAGCAAAGCUGAUGAUAGGAUUUUCAUCUAUUAUACCGACCAUGGAGGUCCAGGAGUUCUUGGGAUGCCCAAUUUGCCUCAUCUUUAUGCCGAUGAUUUCAUUGAUGUGUUGAAGAAAAAGCAUUCUGCAGGCACCUACAAAGAGAUGGUUAUAUAUGUUGAAGCGUGCGAGAGUGGGAGCUUUUUCGAGGGCAUGAUGCCGGAAGACUUGAACAUUUACGUGACAACAGCCUCGAAUGCAGAGGAGAGCAGCUGGGGAACAUACUGCCCGGGAUCAGAACCUGCACCCCCACCUGAAUACAUUACAUGCCUAGGAGAUUUGUAUAGUGUUGCUUGGAUGGAGGAUAGUGAAUCUCACAAUCUUAUGGAAGAAACAAUCGAACGACAGUACGAGAAUGUGAAGCUAAGAACUUCCAACUACAAUGACUUCGAGGGUGGAUCUCACGUGAUGGAGUAUGGAAGCCGGGACAUCAAAUCGGAGAAGGUCUAUUUGUACCAAGGAUUCGACCCCGCCACCAUCAAUCUCCCCGGAAACCAGAUUGGCCUUACACCAAAAGGCGUCGUUAACCAGAGAGACGCGGAUCUUCUGUUCAUGUGGGAAAGGUACAAGAGGAUGGGAGACAAUGCAGCGAGCAAGGCUGAACUCCUGAAGGAGAUAACCGAUACAAUGCUGCACAGACAACACCUCGAUGCAAGCAUCGACAGCAUCGGGGUACAUUUGUUUGGCCCAGAAAACGGAUCCAACAUCCUUAAAUCGGUUCGCAAGCCAGGUUUAGCUCUUGUUGAUGAUUGGCAGUGCCUCAAAUCAAUGGUUAGGGUUUUUGAGACACAUUGCGGGUCAUUGGGGCAAUACGGGAUGAAACACAUGAGAGCUUUUGCGAACAUAUGCAACAAUAACAUAUCUCAAGCUGCCAUGGAAGAAGCCUGCAAGAACACAUGCAGCCAGAUGAAGAUAGUGCAAUAUACUCAUCCAAACAAAGUUUAUAGUGCUUGAUAUAUAGUAUAUAUAUGUUUGUAUCAACUUUGAUAUAUAUGCUGUAAAAUAAAAUUUGAUGCUGCUUGCGUUGGUACUAUGUUUUUGGGGAGUUUUUGCAGACCAUUUGGCGUUAUAGUGAUCUACUUAU